UCUUCUUUCAUUUUCUUUCAUAAUUAUUAAGCAUAAGAUCUCAACAAUACAAUAAACUACUUGCAUUGCAUAUCAUCAUCAUCUCUUUGAUCAUUCACUAUUUCCUUCACUACUAUUUAGCAACUAUUAUUGGAUCAUAUCAUGGGAGAUUCUUCUUCUUCUUCUUCUGCAUCAUACAUUCAUAUGGUGCAGCACUUGAUUGAGAAGUGUUUGAUCUUUCACAUGACAAAGGAGGAAUGCAUGGAAGCUCUCUCUAAGCAUGCAAACAUUAAGCCUGUCAUAACUUCCACAGGUAUAGCAUAUAGUGAGUCUAAGAGCAAAAACGACCGAAUGUCUGAGGAAGAGACAAACCAAAUGAUACAGAAGAUGAUCUCCGAUUCCUCUUCUUCUUCUAAAGAAGCUGAUCGGCAAUGGACUCACCGCUAACAAGAAGCGCGAUGCAGCUGGUACUGACAAGCGGAGAAAAACGGCGGCAAGGAUUU